CCCCCCAAAAUGAGUAUCUCAUUGGCCAAAAAUAAACGCAAGACUACUUAAUAUCUGGAGAUGUUUCAAAUUUCCAUUUCCUAUCCUCAUCAUCCUGCCUGUGUUACGGAGAGGCCCUUUUUUGGCUGUAGUGGUUUAUAAUCAUUUAGAUCCCAGUAUUCAUUUUCCCAGGACAAAUAUGGCUCUGCAGUCAGACUGGACACGAGCCUCUCAUCCUGAUUCUCCCCUUUGUUCACAGUGAGUCUUCAUUUCUAACCCAUGGGAACACGAUGAAAAGAAACACUAUUCCUACACCUCUCAUAUGCACCUCCGAGCGCCUGGACCUGUUGGUGCGAGAAUGGCAGCUCUCUGGAGCCUACGGCGCGGACGCGGGGCAGGAGUAUCUUGGAGAAAUCACACAGGACCUGGAGGUCUCUGCUGAGCAGCCCCUGGUGUUGGAAGCCCUGAGGGCGAGCAGCACCCAGUGCUAUCUAUUGCCCCACCCUGGCACUCAGUUCACCAGGAGCAGGGCAGGGACGCCAGAUGACAUGGACGAGGAUUUCCGGCAGUGCCUGUGUGAGUACGUCACCAGUGUGGUGCACUCAGCAGGGACACACGUCCGGACGGACCGAGCCGGGCAGGUGCUGACAGGGGCUCAGCUGGCUGCCAGGAUCAAGGGCGUCUCCUGAUAUCGGAAGACCCAACGCUACGACUUCUCCUCACCCAUGAAGAUGGCUGAGGCGUUUGCAGUGAUGAGACAGGAGUUAAACAGGAGAG